UCAUCGUUUUUCUGACUGUAGCCAUGAAUGUGACAGCUCCUCUGCUGCUGCUGCUUCUCACUGCUUGUAUGGUCGAUGGUGCGCUGCUGUCCAAGGCAUUAUGGCAGUUUGGAAAGAUGAUCCCAUGUGUUCAGCCUGGUGUUAACGCUCUAGAAUACAACAAUUACGGCUGCUGGUGUGGCUUCGGGGGGACGGGAACCCCUCGAGACGAAGUGGACAUGUGCUGUAAAGUUCAUGACAAAUGCUAUCGAACAUGCAGAAAGGCUCCUGGCUGCACUGCUAUUGCUGACCUUCCUUAUGUUCUUGUUUAUGAUUUCACCUGUUCAAAUCAACAAGUGACCUGCUCAGCUACCAACAAUAAGUGCCAGGCUGCUGUGUGUGAAUGCGAUCGGGUGGCGGCUCACUGCUUUGCUCAGGCCACAUACAACCCUGAAAACAAGAACCUGGAUCCCAAAGUCCACUGUGUCAACUGAGUAAUACAACCCACAAAAACAACACGCAAGAGAAUGUUGGAUUACUAACAUUUUUCUUUUCAAAUUUUUAUUUCUUUAUAAUUUAUAACAACGCUUGACUUAAAAGAAGUUUGUUGUAAAAAGGCAUCAAUUAGAAAUAAAACAUGCAAGUGAGAUUCUGAUUGUGGGGCCUUUCAACUGAAUUUCAACCGCUCCGUGUCCUCGUGUCUGUUUGCUCAUGUAUGGAGAGCUUAUGUAGCAGAGGUUGCAGCUGUGCUUAUUUCACUAUUACACUUUUAGAUUUUUCCAGUCACAGUUUCUCACACUUUCCAGGUCAAUUUAAUGUGUAAAGCCACACGUGAGGCUUUGGCUUUGUUCAAACUCAACCAAGGUCAAAAGUUAAAGACAACUGAAAAUAAUGUGUCUAAUCUUUGUUCAGGCAGGUUUCCACUUGUGCAUCAUGUGUUUGGUCACUCUAUUAAUGAAUGAAAAUAUCCUGUUGUUCUCAUGUCUCUAGGAGUUUCUGGUUGAUACUGA